CUUCAUUUCCCCCACGACACUAGUAAACCUCCCUCUCUUCCCUCCUCUCCUCGUCUCGUCUCCCCUCGUCUGUGCAGCUUGUCUUAGAUGCUCACGGAGCAUUGAGGCGACCUGAGCGCGGCGCGCGGGUGGAACAGGACGAGCUUCGGUUAAUUAACGGAGCGCGAGCCCUGCAGGAAUGCCAGCGAGGCGCUGCUCGGAGAAGGGAUGCUAUAGCCAGCAUGCUAUGAGAUGAGCAUACGAAUAGAAGUUCAAAUGGCUGAUCUUAAAGUCCUCUUUUGUGGUCAAGACGCAGUCCAGACCGAUCACCUUGACUGGUCCCUAAAACACCAGCAAAGUCAUCACUCAGUGUGUGCAGAUGAAAGGGCCCUUUCCAAUGAAGAGUGCUGCCAGGCGUAUCUGGAGGAGAAUGUUAAUGAGGCGAACAGGCUUUCAGAACCAUGGACAGCGAGUCUGCCAAUUGGACGACUCUGCAAACUCAAUGAAUGGGGAUUUGAUGAAGAAGUUGAGGUAUGUUACGAUGAGCAGUUCGAAACAGCUUUUCCUGGUGUGGCUGAUUGUACUGACCAUAAAGACAGUCAGUUGUUAGCAGAGGAGACCAACUAUGACAACUUCAGUUGGAAUUCUUCCAAAGAUCUCCAAGAAGGCGGCCCAGAAUGCUCCCUGCUGUCAGUUGACGAUUUCAUGGUGGAUUCAUCGGAAAAGUCGGUGGAUUAUGGAUUUAUAGGUGCUGUUACCUUUUUAGUUACUGGGAUUUCCUUGGUUGUCAUCUCCUACACGGUCCCACGUGACGUCAAGGUGAAUCCCGAUACCGUUUCUGCCCGGGAGAUGGAGCAAUUGGAGAGAGAGAACGCUCGGGUGGGUGCUCACCUGGACAGGUGUGUGAUUGCAGGACUGUGCCUUCUCACACUCGGUGGUGUGGUACUGUCAACACUGUUGAUGAUCUCCAUGUAUAAAGGGGAGAUGAUCAGGAGACAAGCAUUUGCUUACUCCAAGCACCAAGCCAGACUCUACGGCUCUAUGAAUUUUAGAAGUGGCGCGAGCCCGACCGGUGCUCCUUCGCUUUUGUCUCUUGAUGAAGAUGAAGGCCCUGUUGAAGUCUUAAGUUGAAGCUGAGAUCAGCAUCUUGAUCAGCAUCUCCAUAUGAAAACGUGAUCAAAACAGCUUUGAUAUACUGUGAUCUAGGAUGACACACUGGUGUAAAACAUAGUUUGUUAUACUUAAAAAAUAAUAUUGUUAAUAUAAUAACAUCUAAAUUUACCUUUAAACUACUACAUUAUUACUAAAUUUGAGUCAAAUAAACUUGACUACAAUGACUAAACUUUAAGGAUCCAAUCAGGAUAAAAUUCUACACUUUUUGCAUUGCAUUUAAUGGACAAAAUGUAACAUACCAACAUGGACUUGAGUCCUGUUUAUGUGAAAAAUAUAUUUGUGUGAGUUUGUGCAUUUUCCCAAAACAUAUGUUCAUGUAAAUAUACAGCAUGCUUUAUAAUUGCAGGUAUAUAAGCCUCAGUUUUUUGAGUAUGCAACUUUUUACUAUCAUAGGAUCAUUCAACUAACUUGCCAAAUGUACAUUUGUGUCAUAUUUAGCCAGUCUUCACAUUGGAAAAGGAAAUGGCUUUUUCCUUCUUCUAUUUUUUAUUUUUUUUGGCUUGGCAGUCUUUGUCUGAUAGCUGACUUAAUCAUCAGUCAUUGUAUGAAAACCUCUCUCCAAUCAGGAGGGAUGGAGAUUUAUUCCAAUGCCUCUGAAGCCACUCAAAUCUAUAUAUUUGCAUUCCCAUUUACAUAAAAAUAAACAGCUUUGCAACAGCACAGGUAACGUGAAUGCGCACCAGGGAGAUUUGAACUAAAUUUUGUGAGCUUAGUUUAUUUAGAGAAUAUCUGUGCUUUUAAUGCACAUGGGAUGUAGGAAAUGUGUGAGCAGAUGUCUCUCUCUCUCUUUCUCUCUCAUCAGUGUGCCCGUGUACUAGAGGAGUCUCAUGGGAAAUGACUGCUCUAUGUUUCUCCUUCCCAAUAGCAACUAACCCCAUUAGAGUCACACAUCAUAACACGUAAUGACCCGAAAGAACAGAAUCCAGAAUGCAGACCGCAGCAAAAGGCACAUAAAAGCAUUGUGUAGGUUCUCAUCCCCCAAAGCACAAGCUGUCAGAAACAAGUAAAGAGAAUUAACCUAAA